UCGCAGUGUAGUUGUCAAAGUAUUCAAAGGAGUAUCCGAGAGUGUUCAGAGUUUGUGAUUUCGGUCUCCAAUAUAGGAGGAAAUAUGUUGUCCAUGUAUCAAUAAACAUUCCAUUUAUCGGAAUGAAUUAUCAGCAUAAUUGGGGAGUAGUUGCAGUGUUCGAUUAAAUAUAUAUUUUAGUGGAAAGAAGAACAAAACAUUUUUUUUUGACGCGAAAUAUUGUGAAGAUUUUUUUUUGUGUGUGUGUUGUUUUUCCAACAUGUUUUUAUGUUUUUCUGCUCGUCCUUGUACUUUGCAGAAUUUAGUGUUAACUGUAAAUUAACUCAAACAGUAUUGAUGAUAGCAUUUUGAGCAAAAUAAAAAUGAGUUCCUGGGGCACAAAUUGGACGCAACGAAUACAGAAUGUGGGCAGUGUCGUUACAUCGUGCACCCACAAUUCGGGUCCGUAUCCGCACCGUUUGGAAAAAGUGAAAUUUGGCGUUUCUCUGGCCGAGGUGUGCAAGAACGAUAUUCCAGGACCGUUGCUCGUUCUCAUUUUGAAAAUAAACAAAGAGGCCCCGCAACGAAAAGAUGUGUUCCGGGCGCCGGGCAAUCAGAAUGCAAUGAAAAAGCUCAUUCAUUUCUUACAAGCUGGCCGACUGGUGAAUGUGUCCAAUUAUUCUGUUUACACGAUUGCGAGUGUGUUGAAAAAAUUUCUACGAAAAAUUCCUGGUGGCAUUUUCGGACGGGAUGGUGAGGCAGAACUCUUUGACAUAAUUCAAAUCGAUGAUCAAUUGGAUCAACAGGAGAGAAUUCAUAGACUUAUUAUUUCACUGCCAGUUUACACACAACGUUUACUGGUACUUCUUUUCGGUACAUUUCGUGUAAUUGCUAGCAAUUCCGAUCGUGGCCAAACGGGGAUGACAAGCGAGGCACUUGGUGUGUCAGUGGCCCCAAGUUUCUUUCAAAGCUGUGUAAGCGAUGGCAAAAAUGCGCGGAUGGAAGACGUUCUACGUUUUAAGGCGGAAGUUAAUGUGGCGACACAAAUCAUGAAGCAAAUGAUUGAUCAAUUUGCUGUCUACGACCUGUUCGGUCGAGACAACUACGAGUAUUAUGCUCGAGUUACCGGGCGCGUGUUGCGAGUUCAAGACGAAUGGAUCUGUAGUUUCCGAUAUCCCAUACCACCGAGAGGCAAGUCGGCUCAACAAAACUAUGCAUUGAAACUGUCUUUAGAAGCAGAAAAGACAUGGCUACAAUGUGAAUGUGAUCGAUGGAGGCUAUCUGAAGAAUCUCAAUCAACACCAGCUCUAUUGACUGGAGCUGACUCUAAUAUUGGAUGUAGUGCAAUUUCGCUGGGUAUGAUUCCUGAACACAACACGUUAUUGGAAUCAUGCGCUCGUUUGUCGGUGUCUCUGGAAGGGCCGAGCUUGUUCGCCACACAAUCCAAUCAAUCUCACAGUUCAUCAUCGCAUUCGUCGCAUUCCAGUCAGCACAUGACAAUGGACGAAUUGCGUGCGGUCAACCGGUACGCCGAGAGUACGAAAAGUCUCUCGUAUUUGCCGCAGGUGCAUGAACGACAAGUGGCUCGUAUGCGAAAUCGAUCUGAGUGGUUUUUAUCUGGUGUUGAUCGUGUAGACUCCCUGGAUAUUAGCAACGAUAUGCAUUUGAGACCCCCAAUUGGUCAUCCUGGAAUGGGAACAUACCGCAGUCAAGAUGAUCUAACACGUUACCUUGGCAACAUUGGCUUAAUCAGCACCAGUGCCGAAUCAGUCCAUCAAGCCAAACGACCCAGUCGACGUAUACAAAUCGCUCGACAUCAUCCACACCGUUCGUCUUCACGUCGUAAUAAGGAAAAUGGCUCACGUUCCAAUAGUUUUAGAAAUAAUAAAUUGAGCAACAACAACGAUGACGAUGGACGCAGUCGCAAGGCCCGUGCUGUAUCCUUUGACCAACCACCACCCAUAGUUAUUGUUACAACUCACCAGGAAUGGUGCAAAUAUUCCAUAUCGGUCGACGACAUGGACGAUCAACCAAAUAUUACAAGUAUUACAGACUGUGUCGAUGGCAAUGAACUGAUGGACACUAGUCCGCCCAUUGAACAACAUCACUUAAAUCACUUUAAACCGCCAAGAGUAUGACUGUGAAAUUAUUUUUUUACACUUUUUUCUCCAUUUUUUUUAUUAUUUUUUAAAUUAAUUACCUAAUUAAAAUAAAUGUAAUUCUAAUUGUAAUUUGUAAAUGUAAUAAAUAUGUCAAAAGAAAACUAUUGGAAAACAGUAAUAUCAAUAUAGAUGUUGUUGUUGUCGUCAAGAUAUAAUUCGAAUAUUUGGAAAAAUUAUAAUAAAAAAAAUAGAUAAAAACCAAAAAAGGACAAAAAAACAAUUUGAAUUAAUUUAUUCUAACAGAUUUACAGACUUUUAUGACACACAUUAUGUUUUCUAAUUAAAUAAAUUGUAAUUCGAUAACCAAAAAA